CGCACGGCCCCAGCGACGGGAGAGAAGUCACAAGACGUCCUCAAUCUCCUCCCGCGAAGAUUUUGAACAAAUUUACAGAAAUCAUACGAUAUGCGCACGCGCACGUAUGAUUGGUUUCCCGGGAUUUGAAGAAAGAAAAAAAAAACCGGAAGUUGUACUGAACCUUCACCUCCGCUAGGCACUGAAGGAAACGCAAGCUCCGCGAAAGAGGUUCCGGCGCUGCUUGGGCCGGAGGAGGCAGAAUGGAGACCGCGAUUGAAGAUCCUGGACUGGACUACAGCCCGACGCUCACCUCGUCCUGGGACGCGGCGUGCGAGUCGUUGACCCAAAGCCUCCUUACCCGAAUUGGGCCAGGUGCCCAAGACUUGAACUUCGAGCAGCUGCUGGCGCCGCUAGCUCCGGGCUCGGAUCUAGUGAGCCUGAAGAACAACCUGAGUCCCCGCGAUGAAAACCCCUGCUUCCUUUACCUGAAGUGUGGGCCUAAUGGGGGCGAAGAGAUCCUUUCAGUUGGCAUUCUGAGUUCAGCAAGAAACAUGGAAGUGUACUUGGGAGAGGAGUACUGUGGAACCAGUCGGGGCAAGAAUGUCUGCACUGUCCUGGAUGACAGUGAACAUGAAAAGAUUCUGUUGUACAAAAAAUUCCUAAAAUUGGAAUCUCCUGCACAUGCUUGUAAAAUAAAGUUGCUGUCCUUCGGUGAAAAGCAGUGUGUGCUCAUCAGUAAAGUUGUGGUGCACGUGAGACCAAGGUCAGCAAAUCCUUCACCAAGCUCUUCUGCUCUAGGAUCAAGGAUAGACCUCGACAGUAUCCAAACCAUAAUGGAGUCCAUGGGGUCAAAGUUAUCUCCUGGCGCUCAGCAGCUAAUGAAUAUGAUUAGGUUUCAGCAGCAGAAUUGUCUUCCCAUUGGAGAGCAGCUUCAGUCAGUGUUGGGAACCACAGGACACAAGCAUCUGGUUGCACUGCAGUCUUCACCUUCUUCAGGAGUUAUAGACAAAGCGUCCUCCACACCUUUUCCUUUUAGAACUGGAUUGACACCUUCAGCCAUCACUGAAAAUUUAAAGGCUCUUAUUGAUAAAAGCACACAACCACCUGGAGAAGGAAAUACCACAAACCACGAUGAGUGUCACCUUGUGCCACAAAAGCAUUCCCUUCUUGAAAAUGAUCUUAAAAAUGCAGUGUCUUCUUUCUUACCAAAGAAAGCAAGUGGCAACUCAAAUGCACCCAACUCUGAGUUGCUGCCUUUUCUCCAGAAUUUAUGUAGUCAGGUCAACCAUCUCCGAGUGGGACAUAAUGCCAGGUGGCAAGAAAACAUCUCCAAGCCCAGAGAGAGCAUUGUCGGUGUUUCGAUGGAAGAGCAACCUAUUUGCUCCUACUUGGAAAAGAUUCUUUCUAAAAACAUGGAACUGAUGGAAAAGAAGCUUAUGGACCACAUUGAUGAGAGGAUCUAUCAACUCCAGGAGCACUUAGAUGCUAAAAUGGCUUUGUUAGUAGACUUGCUGCAAAAUCCUAACUCCCCACCUCCAGGGAUACCUCUAAGACACUAUGACUCCAGAGAAAGACUUUCCAAUGGAGAAAGAUAAGCUAUCGACAUACACAAUUAUUGCAGAUAUUUAUUACAUAUUUAUUACAGAGCCAAAAUACAAAAAGGUUAUGAACAUCAAGUCUUUAAUGUCCUUUGAAGGAUCUUUGUCUUACAUGGUGACCUCAGUGCUCAUUUUCAUUGUACUUGUUACUGUAGAUUCAGGUCUGCACCAACAGCUACCCUGAAACAGUCAUAAGUUAUUUUGCUUGCUAUAUUUUUCACUCUUACAGAAAUGUAUACUUGUAUUGCUCAAGAGUUUGGGAUGUAUAAGGACUUCUAAUGCAGUUCAUUAGUUUGUAUUGUAUAUUACAUAUGUUUGAAGUGAAUUUUUUAUUUAUACAGAUAUAGUUUGAAAUAUAGUUUCAGGAGUAUGAAAAGAAUUGCUAUGAUUUUUUUCCUAACUAUUUUGGAAAGUUGGAUAUCUGGACUCUUUCAUGUAGUGUACCAGUUUACACUAGUUGUUGUUCAUCUGAGAUGAAUAUGUGUAGUACUCGGGCUGUCUGAGGUAGUUUACGGAGUGAGGGUAGACCUGUUGUCCACUACAGUGCAGCUGUAGAUUGCUUGUGUUCAAUCCCACUAUUUCAGAUUUGCUGCUACAGGUAAAAUGGAAGGAAAUUCUGUUCUGGAACUGACAGGUUCUUCUCCCAGAGGCCUUUUCUAGCAUGUAUGAUGUGUGACAUUGGGAAAAUCUAAAACAAGGAUUAUGAUACAUGAAUCUAGGGUUUUACAAUCUUCAGCAGACUUAAUUUUCAGAACUUAACUGUUACGUCCGUGUUGCUAAUACGGCUGUGCCUAAAUGCAUUUACUCUUAAGAUCACCUAGAAGUGACUAGAACUCUUUUUAGCUAAUUUGCUUAUGUUGUUUCCCUCUUUUUACUUUUCUUUAUUUUUUUUCAUUUUUCUUCCUUUUCUUUAAAGAAAGGGGUUAUUUCAUGCUUAUUCAUUGUUUUGGCAAACUGUUCUUUAAAAUGCCUGUUGGUUUUGAUUAUACGGAAAAGGUGGCAAAGCAUAUAGGACACACCACACUUCUGCUGAUCUUUGGUCCAUGGUUGGUAGGAUAGUCAUACCAUGUGCAGGUGUAAGAUGUCACUUCCUGAUCAGUGAGGAGAAAUCCAAUCAUUUACGGCUCCAGUCCAUGGUUUUGCAGCUUUUGGUAGUUGUUCCUCUGUGACUUAAGAAUACCAUUCAUGACUUAGUAGUGCCUUCAGGCCCAUAAAUCAUUAACUGAGGCUGCCCAGGUCUGCAAGGCAGGACCACACCUCUAACUGAAGACUGUGAAGCUAUCUUCAUCUCAGCCUGACACUCCUUUCCAGCCUCAUCUCCACUGCCCAUCCCUGUGUUCUCAUCUCUGAUCCUGUGACCAGGGAGCAGGAAGGGGCCAAUGGGAAGAACUCAAGAGAAAAGCAAGAAGUGUAAAAGAUGGAAACACAUCUCAUUAGCCAUAUGGUGUCUGUCACAGUGUAACAUGGACCCUAAAGAAUUCCAGCCUCUCCAGGCAGUCCUGUUUUGGGGGUUAGAGUAGCCUGAAGCCUACUAGAACAGCCAUCUGUUGGAAAAGAUGGCUCACAGUUCUGUUAAGUUAUUUCACAGCUAAGUCUACACAUGUGUAUAUAUACUUGUUUCCUGGCUUUUGUUUCUUCUUUUUUGUAGACUGUAACAUUGCUAUAGGAAAAGUGGGGAGACAGGAACAUCUCCCCACCCCACACUUCCCCAGUUCUGUUGAAAACUAAACAAAACCCAUUUCUUUUUUCUGUCUCUUGAUUUUUUUGAUAGACGUGGCUGGUAGCAGAACCUCCAGAUUCAGGUAACAGCUUGAUGUGGGAUACAUAAACAUCAAGUUGGGCUUGUGUUAAAAAAAGCAAAAAACAAAAAACAAAACAAAAAACUUCAAUUGUGGGCAUCAUGCUUAGUCUUUGCACCCUGAUAUGACAAAGAAAUGAAAUGCUCCUUGUCAAGUGGCCCUAGUUUAAAAUAAGAAGUCCCAUGCAUAAGGCUUGAGAAGCCCUCACUCCCUGCUGUGUGUACUUUUGCUCUGUAAUAAAACCGUCCUCUCUUUCCUCA